GCGCCGGGCGCGGGCAGCGGCGGCGGGAUGGAGAUGGCGGCGGCGCCGUGCGCGGGGGAGCCGGAGCGGCUGGAGUUCCUGCGGGAUCGGCACGUGCGCUUCUUCCAGCGCUGCCUCCAGAUCCUGCCCGAGCGCUACUCGUCCCUGGAGACCAGCAGGUUGACAAUUGCAUUUUUCGCGCUCUCUGGUCUGGAUAUGUUGGAUUCCUUAGAUGUGGUGAACAAAGAUGAUAUAAUAGAAUGGAUUUAUUCCCUGCAGGUCCUUCCCACUGAAGACAGAUCAAACUUGCAUCGCUGUGGAUUCAGAGGCUCUUCAUAUUUAGGGAUGCCAUUCAAUCCCUCCAAGGGUCCAGGUGUAUCUCAUCCCUAUGAUAGUGGGCACAUAGCAAUGACUUACACAGGUCUAUCGUGUCUGGUUAUUCUUGGAGAUGAUUUAAGUCGAGUAAAUAAAGAUGCCAUACUGACAGGACUGAGAGCUCUCCAGCUGGAGGAUGGAAGUUUCUGUGCUGUGCUAGAAGGAAGUGAGAAUGAUAUGAGGUUUGUGUACUGUGCUUCCUGUAUCUGCUACAUGCUCGAUAACUGGUCAGGCAUGGAUAUGAAGAAAGCUAUAGACUACAUCAGAAGAAGUAUGUCUUAUGAUAACGGCCUGGCCCAGGGAGCUGGACUGGAAUCUCAUGGUGGCUCUACAUUUUGUGGUAUUGCAUCGCUGUGUUUGAUGGGUAAACUGGAAGAAGUUUUUUCAGAAAAAGAACUGAACAGAAUAAGAAGAUGGUGUAUAAUGAGACAACAGAAUGGCUACCAUGGACGACCCAACAAACCUGUAGACACUUGCUAUUCUUUCUGGGUGGGAGCAACAUUGAAGCUCUUGAACAUAUUCCAAUAUACAAAUUUUGAGAAAAACCGAAAUUACAUCCUGUCAACUCAAGAUCGCCUUGUUGGUGGAUUUGCCAAGUGGCCAGAUAGCCAUCCAGAUGCUUUACAUGCCUACUUUGGGAUCUGUGGUUUGUCAUUAAUUGGAGAAUCUGGUAUUUGCAAAGUUCAUCCUGCCCUGAAUGUAAGCACAAGAACCUCAGAGCGCCUUCACCACCUUCAUCAGAUCUGGAAAACGGACUUUAAACAGUGUUCAGACAACACACACUUCUUUAUGUGACUGAUUUAGACUUGAAUUUAGUUCUGGUAGCAUAAUUGUAGCCCAGGGUUAAAAGCCAUGUAUAACCAAUGUGCUCUUUUAAGUGCUGGAGUCAUACAAUCAGAUCUGUGUUGCUGGCAUCACUUCAGUAGGGAGUUGCCUUCAGCAGGUUAUUCUGCAUUGUGAAAAAAGGAGAUAUUUUGAUUAUAUAGAAGUUUGUCACCGCAGACUGUAAAUGGCUUUUCAAAUGGCUUUACUUCUAGGAAAUCCCUUGAGGCGUUUAAACUUCAUUUCAAGUUUAUUUUUUUAAAUUUGUGCAUACUGUGUCAAAAUAUAUAAUGGGGAAAUAUUUUCAAAAUCUGUUUACAUAUCGUGCAGUAUAGCACAGAACCUUGGAGUUCUUUAUGAUCUUACUAUUUGACAUAUUUUGGCUAGAGAAUCUUCCAUAUUAAGUCUCAGUUAAAAAUUACCUUUUAUCAUAAACUUUCAGAUUCCAUAAACUUUCUUCUAAAAAACAAACGAAUUAAAUAAAAAUAAAAUUAUUUUAUUCAAUA